AUGCAGGAGCGAGAGCGCGCGUGUUCUCUGACCCAGGCGCUCCACAGCGGUACAAUAGAAACCAAGAGGAAGGGGAGAGGUCCUCCUCAAGGGGAGGCUGGGGGCCAGUGCACGGGGCGGGUGGUGCACGGGGCGGUGUGGUGCACGGGGCGGGUGGUGCACGGGGCGGUGUGGUGCACGGGGCGGGUCGUGGUGAGCCCGGUCACCGAGGCGCUGGGUCCACGCCCCCCCUGGAGGCGCUGGGUCCACGCCCCCCUGGAGGCGCUGGGUCCACGCCCCCCUGGAGGCGCUGGGUCCACGCCCCCCUGGAGGCGCUGGGUCCACGCCCCCCUGGAGGCGCUGGGUCCACGCCCCCCUGGAGGCGCUGGGUCCACGCCCCCCUGGAGGCGCUGGGUCCACGCCCCCCUGGAGGCGCUGGCACGGUGCCCUGCCCCCCUCUGCUGCUCCACGUCUCUGGACUCACUAGGAGAUGCUCUUCAGAAGAACGUGUGCCAGCUGAGUAAAUGGUCAAGGCUGGCAAUUAAUGUACACACUUAUCGUAAGGCGAUCCUCGGACCUCCCAGGCUGUACCAGGAGCUGCAGGAGCUGCAGCAUGACCUUUCCCUGGUGGAGGAAGUCACCUUACUGGUGGGCACCCUGCAGGGAACCUACCAGAACCUCAACACCACCGUGGCCCAGGACUGGUGUCUGGCGCUGCACCGACUGAUCCGCAUCAAGGAGGACCAGAUCCAGAGCGCCAACAAGUGCCGCCUGCGCCUGCAGGUGCCUGGCCGGCCAGACAAAUCAGGGCGUCCGGUGAGUUUCAUGGUCGUCUUCAACACUCCCAACCCCCUCAGUAAGAUCUCCUGGGUCAACCGGCUACACCUGGCCAAGAUUGCAUUACGAGAGGAGAACACUCCGGGCUGGUCCUGUGGGGAGGACGGGGGCAAGCCCCUGCCACCGUCCGGCUGCCCGCUGCUCGCCUGCCGCAUGCCCGUCUUCGCCGUCAAGUCUCCCGACCGGAAGGUGAGCGCAGCGCCGUUGUUUCUGUCGGUUAUUUAUUUAUUUCCACGUUAUUUUUUGUAAUUUUCAGGCUUCAUCAAUUCGGGGUUUAACAUAAUCCCGAUGUAAUGAGAACUUGAUGAGGUGUCGGAAAUCUAAUUUAGAAACAACAAAUCAACACGGACACGCUGGAAACUCAGGGUGAAUAAAUACUGACGGAAUGAGCGCUGUGUUCCGGCCGCAUAUCGCACGCGGCCCACACCUGUGACCUGAACCUCUCCUUCCUGCCUUUGAAGCCCACCGCCCGGGGGGGAUUCGGAGGACGUUUAACCACACGCUGUUUAACAUGCCGCUUCCCCGUGAAGCCAAUCACAGCCCAGUAGGCCUGCCCUAGAAGCUGAACGCCCAGGACGUCGUUGUGGGCUUUACUAUCCCUCUUUCCCUCCCGCUCCCAACCUUUGGUUGUCAGGUGUGCUGCUGCAUUAAAGACCUUAGCGCAUUCAGCCUUGUAUAAAGCAAUAGCAAAUGUAUUGAACUUGCAGUGAGUGAGCAAAGUAUGCCAGCACCGCUUUUAAAUUAAACUAUUCCCGUAGAAUGCUGUUUGGAGGCACUGGGAAAGGAAGUAAGCACUGCUGCUCUUUUCUCCCAGUGUGGUUAUCUAGCAAACGCAAAUGGACACAAAACAUCACAACGGAAAACAUGUAACCGAACGCACCGGGCAACCCAGGCCGCAACACGACAUACCAUAUUCACAAUACACUACUUUCAUUCAUCAAUAUCUCCUUUUCUGUUAUUGUAAAUGUGUCUAUGAUGCACCGUAGCGUACCGGCUGCAGCUGAACCCUCACCUCCAGUGCUGCCUGGCUCGAGGACACAGUCGAUCCUCCUCCAGAGCUCCCAUGGAUCACAUGACCAGCCCCGGUGAGAGGCAGACUAACAAGGUUUAUGGAUCUGGGGAAACGGGCGUAAAAUCAAUCGGCAAAGGCUGAAAGCUGAUAUUCCCAACGACAUCUGAGCCGUAAUGCGGUUAGGGCGGGCC